AAAAAGCCAAUGCUUCAAUCAGAUGUGUUCGUUCAGACACUUAGUAUUUUUGGUUUUAUCUCUUACUAUAGUAAUGCCAAUUGCAGGGCUCAAUAAUAGCAGUAUACAGUCCUGGUCAACACUUGACUUUUUGAAAAGUCUCCUAUGAUCACCAAGGCUGAAUUUAUUGGAGCAAGAAAAAACAAAACAAAAACAGGAAUAUUGUGAAAUAUGAUUGCAAUUUAAAACUACUUUUUUUAACUUGUAUUUUAAGAUGUAAUUUAUUCCUUACUCCAGUCUUCAGUUUCACAUGAUCAUUCAGAAUUCAUUAUAAUAUGCCGAUUUUGUGCUUGAGAAGCAUUUCUUAUUUUCAGUGUUGAAAACGUUGUGCUGCUUGAUAUUUUUUUGUGGGAAUUUAAAUUUUUUAAUGAAUAGAAAGGUAAAAAGAAUAGCAUUCAUUUGAAACAGAAAUCUUUUGUAACAUUAUAACAUGGUGCAGCUUUGCUUAAUAAAAGUAUUAAUAAAAAAAAGGGGUAAAGGAUCUUACUGACCCCAACAUUGUGAACGGUAGUGUAUGUUUUUUACUAAACCGUUUCUUUGCAGAAUGGCCUUUUUAUGAUUAUAGAUUUGCUUUAUGUCAGCUGUAAACGUUUAAGACCUUGAGCAAAGCAUUACUGAUUACAUUUUUACAUCCAUUUUAACUGCAUUUAACGGUUUCUUACAUGAUGAUCAACAAAUGUACAAUCAUCAUGUAGGAAACAAAAGAACUCGAGCUUUAGCAAAAUAGGGCAAGUCACUCUUUUAUCGCCUGGGCCAUCAGGCCUUUUUUUAUUUUUAAGCCCUGCAAGUGUUUUUGUUUAUGACAACUAAGAGUUGUUUGGCAUCAAUAGGGGAAAAGCUAAUAUAAGCUGAAAAUAAUUUAGCCUCUGCUCUUGUAGUGAUUUACAAUGAGCUAGAGUCAUGAUGUUGAACACACACCAUCUCCCGAAUGAAGAAAGAUAAUUAUUUGACUUCUGAUCUGACAGUUCAGCCUGAAACACAUUUCCAAGAAUGGUUAUGUUUAGUUUACAGUUUUAUAAAUCCACAUUGAGCUAUUCACAGUAAUCACUGAAAGAGUGUGGUACAGUAUAUUCCUUCUUAGGGAUGGGAACCAGCUUUGUCUACAGCUUUAAUAUAUCUAAGGGAUGCAGAUUUUAGUUGCUGGAUAGAGUCAGGGUUUGUCUGAUAACCUCCACGUCCGACACUGAAACGGGCUUCCCAUUAUGACUAAAAAUAAAAUUUAGAAAAGAGGAAUUGAUGACUCAUUUAAUUGACGCUUGCUGUUUAGCCACCUGCAUAUUCACAGUUGCUGUUGUUAAAGGGGUCAUAUGAUGUUGCUAAAAAGAACAUUAUUUGGUGUAAUGAAAUGUUUAUGUGGUUUAAGUUAAAAAAAAACACAUUAUUUCCCACAUACUGUACAUUACUGUUUCUCCUCUAUGCCCCGCCUUCUGAAACACAUCGAUUUUUGCAAGGCUCAACGAUCUGAAAAGUGAGUUGUGCUCUGAUUGGCCAGCUAUCCAGUGCAUUGUGAUUGGCCGAAUUCCUCAAGCAUGUGACAGAAAUGUUAUGCCCCUUAACAUAUUGUGAUGCUCUUUUCGGCUGAAACGAUGAGACAUAAACAUAAAACCCAUUAUAAAGGUGAUAUAAACAUGAUUUCGCUUUCUCAACGAAACCGCGUCACACAGUGAGCGGAUGCCGGCUUGAGUGAGUGUCCGUUGGGCUUGGGGUGACCAUAUGUGAUGACCCUGGGCUGGACUCCGCUUUGUCCAUGGUGAAAGCCGUUCUAGUGAUCCACAGUGCAAAGUUAAUGUAUUUCCUCAGCAAUCAGCACGGAUCAGCUCCAGGCAUAAAGAAGCGGAAAACAUCAUCUUUUGGAAGGCCAAACAAAGUAGUUUUGUUUUCACAGUGAAACACACAGCGUCUAUACGACAUGGCGGUGGCAGCAACAAUACUACAAUGAGUAAAAGGUCAUUAGCACACCUCAGAGGCCCAGUGGCUCCAAUGUAAUCCUAAUGAACAGCCCACACACACCCAGCUCUCAGUUCAUCACCCAGAGUCAACCAUCAGAAGCCUCUCCGUGGUCCUCGGGAAAGAGGGGUAAGAAGGGGGAGAAGAAUGGGAAAGGACUCCGACAUUUCUCGAUGAAAGUUUGCGAAAAGGUCCAGCGGAAGGGUGUCACAACCUACAACGAGGUUGCUGAUGAGCUUGUGGCUGAAUUCAGCUCUGGUGAUAAUCAUAUCUCCCCUAACGAUGCGCAUGUGUAUGACCAGAAGAACAUUCGACGGCGUGUAUAUGAUGCACUCAAUGUGUUGAUGGCCAUGAACAUCAUCUCCAAAGAGAAAAAAGAGAUCAAAUGGAUUGGCCUGCCCACAAACUCCGCUCAGGAGUGCCAGAACCUGGAGGUGGAAAGGCAACGACGUUUGGAGAGAAUCAAACAAAAACAGUCGCAACUUCAAGAACUAAUUUUACAGCAAAUUGCCUUCAAGAACCUUGUACAGCGGAACCGCCAGAGAGAACAACAGACGAAAAGGCCUCCACCUGCCAACUCGGUCAUUCACUUGCCAUUUAUCAUUGUAAACACCAGCAAGAAAACAGUCAUUGACUGCAGCAUCUCCAAUGACAAGUUUGAGUACCUCUUCAACUUUGAUAGCAUGUUUGAGAUUCAUGAUGACAUAGAGGUGUUGAAGCGCAUGGGCAUGGCUUGUGGUCUCGAGGUGGGCAAAUGCUCUGCUGAGGAUCUCAAGACUGCCAGAAGCUUGGUGCCCAAAGCACUGGAGCCCUAUGUCACAGAAAUGGCACAGGGACCUAUCAAUAAUGUGUACAUGACAACAGGGGCUUCUUCUGCUAAUGGAGGCCGCUAUCAUGUUGGGAGUGACGGUGUGGCAGAUGGCACGAUGGCCUCCAGUUCAAAUGACUCCCACUACAGCGGGUCUCGGGUGGAGACUCCCGUCUCUUACAUGGGCGAGGAUGAUGACGACGACGACGAAUUUGACGAAAACGAUGACGAGGACUAAGCCCAGUCCAUCAUGCACAAGUUCUUCCAGCUGCCAUAUCUGAGGAUUGAUCAACCACAUCAUUCUUUUUCCUCUUCUGCAACUCACCAUUUCUUUCACUCUCUGUCUGAGAAGGGCAUUGAAGAACACAGGCUUUAAUAGGAUGAGUUCUUUUCAUCCUCGUCUUUCUGAGCUCAGGACAAGUCACAUCACCACAGGCUGUGUGCUUUGCCUGCUGGAAAUGAAAGUUUUUCAGCUGAAGGACUUUGCUGAAGUUUAUAGGUGUCACUUUAUUUUCUGGCGCAGCGUUCCUACUCGAUGUUAUCCGCUCUGAUCUGCGUGACCCUCUGAAACGUCCCCUUCCGAAGAAAAUCUCAGCCUUGCUUGCUGUUGGAAAAUGUUGUGUGAUCUCUGUGUGAAGUAGUUCUCCUGUCUUUGAAUGAUUUUUUUUUGUUGUUGUUGUUGAAUGUGCUGGCUUGAUUUGGAUUCUGAUGAUUCGGAGACUAAUGAAUCGAAGAACCUACAAAGCCGGCUGCUAUUUUUUGCCCCAUGGAGGGCAGGUAUUCGGACGUGUGGACUCUUUUUGUAUGCUGGCCUGACGAUUUCUUGCAGGCUUUUUUUGUAGAAUCUCCUCCCGUGUGUGUUCCGCUCCUUGGCGUUCUGCAGAGUGCUGCUUUUUUGGAGGACUCUGAGAAGUCAGUCUUUUUUUGUUUUGUUCUCUUUUGGUUUCGGAGCUUUAUAGGCCGACCUGUUCUAGAGACACUGGAAGACAUCAGAGAAACUUCAGUACCUUAAAGCAGUUAUAGGAAUAUAAAAGGCUUUGUUUCUUAACCACAUGAUAUCAGAAUUUGUUUCUAGUGUCCUCUCUCUGCGUCAGUAAUACCUUGAAGCGUGUACGAUUAUUGUUGUGUAUUAAAAAGAUAUGGACUUAUGGUCUCUAUCGACUUCCCUUUGAAAAUUUCCUUUAAAAAAACAAACACCUGAAUCCUUGUACUGACUCCUCAAAGUAACUUUUCUGUAAUCUAAUAUAAGUUUCAAAUUUAAAUAUAAAGAAUGUUUUAAGAAUUCAAACUCAUUGUGUUUAUUUGCGACACUAAUGUAAUACUACUAAUUUCAAUAAACUUUAUUUUAUA